AUGCCCCGGGAAGGAUGUGCCAUGCCUGGGUCCUGGGGCAGCUUCUGGGCCAUCCUGACCUUGGUGGGCCUGGCCACUCGCACAGCCCAGCGAGCCGAUGGUGGUGGGGAGGCAGCGGGUCCUUCCAUCAACCACUCCCCGAUGCUGCUCCAGCGCCUGCAGGAGCUGCUGCGGCAGGGCAACGCCAGCGACGUGGUCCUGAGGGUGCAGGCCACGGGCACGGAAGAGGUCCGCAUCUUCCACACCCACCGCCUGCUGCUGGGCCUGCACAGCGAGCUCUUCCGGGAGCUGCUACAGAACCAGAGUGAGGUGGUGCUGCCGGAGUCCAGGGACUGCGCCGCUGUCUUUGACAAGUUCAUCAGGUACCUGUACUGUGGCGAGUUGACGCUGCUGCUAGCUCAGGCCAUCCCCUUGCACAAGCUGGCCACCAAAUACGGCGUGGCCUCCCUGCAGCGGGGCGUGGCCGAAUAUAUGCGCGCGCACCUGGCUGGGGGCGCCGGCCCGGCGGUGGGCUGGUACCACUACGCCGUGAGCACUGGCGACGAGGCGCUGCGCGCCAGCUGCCUGCAGUUCCUGGCCUGGAACCUGUCGGCCGUGGCGGGUAGCGCCGAGUGGGGCGUGGUGAGCCCCGAGCUGCUGGCGCAGCUGCUGCAGCGCUCGGACCUGGUGCUGCAGGACGAACUGGAGCUGUUCCACGCGCUGGAGGCCUGGCUGGGCCGCGCGCGGCCGCCUUCCGCCGUGGCCGAGCGCGCGCUGCGCGCCAUCCGCUACCCCAUGAUCCCGCCGGCGCAGCUGUUCCAGCUGCAGGCGCGCUCGGCCGACGGCCGACCGCGGCUCGUGGUGACGCCGGCCAGCAGUGGCGGCGACGCGGCGGGUGUCAGCUUCCAGAAGACCGUGCUGGUGGUGGGCGCGCGGCACCAGGGCCGCCUGCUGGUCCGCCACGCCUACAACUUCCACCAGAGCAGCGAGGAGGCCGGCGACUUCCUGGCGCACGCCGACCUGCAGCGGCGCAACUCCGAGUACCUGGUGGAGAACGCCCUGCACCUGCACCUCAUAGUCAAGCCGGUCUACCAUACUCUCAUCCGUACCCCAAGUAGCCCUGCGGGGGGUGGGGACGCCUUCGGAUAG